AUGUGGGAAGUGAUGAAGAACCCAUGGGACCGGCACUCUAACCCGACUGGCGCCGUCAACCUGGGCGUGGCUGAGAACCACCUGAUGGAAACGGAGCUCCGCGACUAUGUGGCCAAGCACGUCACACUCCGGAACAGUGCCGUGACGUACCAGGACGGGCCGCUGGGAAGCCAUCGCCUACGGGACGCGCUCGCGCGAUUCCUGAGCCGCCACCUCGCGACGCACCGGCCCCUGGAUGCCGCGCACAUCAUGGUCACCAACGGCGUCUCGAGCGCGCUGGAGCACGUGGCCUGGGCGCUGGCCGACCCGGGCGAGGCCUUCCUGGUGGGCCGCCCCUACUACGGCGAGAUCACGCUCCGCCUGCGCCCUCACGUGCGGACCGUGCCCGUCAGCUUCGGCGGUUUGGAUCCCCUGAGCCUGCCGUCGGUACGGUGCUACGAGGAGGCGCUGCUGCGGGCAAGGGAGCAGGGCCAAGUGGUCAGGGGCCUGCUGCUGUGCUCGCCGCACAACCCACUCGGUCGCUGCUACCCGCGCGAGGUGCUCAUGGCGCUGGUGGCCCUCUGCAACAAAUACCAGCUGCACCUCGUCAGCGACGAGGUCUACGCCCUGUCUGUGUGGCGCGAUGCGCCCGCCUUCACGUCGGUGCUGUCCCUUGACCUCGACUCGCUGAUCGACCCGGCGUUGGUGCACGUGUUGUGGGGGGUAUCCAAGGACUUUGGCGCCAACGGGUGGCGCGUAGGGUGUCUCGUGUCGCCGCGGAACCCUGCCCUGCGCGCCGCCUUAAGCUCCAUCGCCAUCUACUCGUACGCGUCGUCCCUGGCCGACACCGUCGUGGCGCAGGUGCUGCAGGACGACGCCUUCACAAGCGCCUAUCUGGCGGAGAACCGGCGGCGCCUGGCGGCCGCCUACGCCUUCACCACCAACUUCCUCCAGCGCCACGGCAUCCCCUUUACGGCCGGCACGCAGGCCGCGCUGUUUGUGUGGGCGGACCUCGGGUGGGCGUACCGCCGCUGGCACCCGCACGCGGAGCGAGAGGGGCAGGCGACGAGCAUCGCCGACGACGUGCGCGAUGCCCUGCGCCGUCACAAGGUGUACCUGGCGUCCGGGGACAACUUCGACAGCGAGUCGCCCGACAUGUUCCGCAUCGUCUUUGCGCACCCGCGCGACCGCUUGGAGGAGGGCCUGCGGCGGAUCCACCAGGCGCUACUGCAAGGCGUCAUCGGGGUUCCAGCCGGGGAUCAGCCCUGCGCCCCUGUUGGCAUUGGCACUGGCAUGCCGGUAGCAGCACCCGCGUCACAAGGUCGGUCGCUGCUAAGUUAG